UCACCCAUAUUUUGCUGAACUUGCAUCCCUUUUCUUUUCCCCCCACAUAAUCGAAGAUCCCUGUGCCCUGAAAGUUAUCGGCUGGAAGCUGGAAAAGGUUGACCCAGGUCGAAAGAGAAUACCGUGUCAAAGCCGACAGUCUCCACUCAGUCAAGACAUCCUCUUUACCAUCCAGUAUUCGGUUCUAUCUAAAAUAAGCCGUGUCUGCCAUCCCAGAAUGGUCAAUACCAACGACAAACGCCGCAAAUGCGCAUUUUGCGACCGAGAGUUCACCAAGGACGAACAUCUCAAGCGUCAUCAACGAUCACACACCGGAGAAAAGCCGUUCAAAUGCCCCAAGUGUGAUCAGCGGUAUGCACGAAGUGACGUUCUGGCGAGACAUAUACAGAAUCACCCGAGGAGGGCGUAUCGGAGCAAGCAAGUCCCCAGUCCAAAGACUAGUCAGCAGUCCACCUCCAUUUCAGCCGACGAUAUCCAACCAGAGGGUGAUUUUCUACAAGCAAGAAGCUUAACACCUCUAGCCUGCCUUAACCUGGACUGGGAUGCCAGAGUCCCUGACAACUCUUCAUCAAGCAGCAGUCCUCCAGUGGAUCCGACUAAUCAAUAUAUGUUGACCUCGACGGCUGAUCGACCUGUCCGGGAUUGGCUUUCACCCCUAAUAGAGUCGGCAAAUAGCAUGAACGAAUGUGUUUUCGCCCCCCUAGAGAUGCAAGAGCCGAAUGUGCACCACCCUUCGGGAACAGAGAACCGCCCAACGAUCAACCUUUCUCCGCACAUGCACAUUUCUCCUUUCCUGGAUCAGCCGAUAGGUGACUCGUGGCCAUUUUCUACCACACUCUACGCUGAUUACGACCUCAGCCAUAUCAAUAUGGAUGUUGCCUGCACCGGAGCCGACGCAUCACUUGGAGGCCCCAGUGAGCUUCUACAGAGGCAACCGAGUCCAUUUAUAUUGGAAUCCCCAUUGUUAGACGUCCCAAUGAUCAAUGGCAACACACCAAAAGCAAUGGCCCUUCCCCGUGUCUCGCCGGGAUCACCAGAUUCGUUAAAUCGCGUCCAGCAGCUGUGGUCCGGUAGAGGGUCGUCUCAGCCAGCGCUUCUUAUUCAAACGUUGUGGAACGAUAUCGCAGAGCACAAAUCGGAUAAUAUCUUUUCGGACCCUGGAGAGCAUGUUAAUUUGCCGCAAACCGCUCCCUCAGACCUCAGACCCGAAAACGAUAUGAGCGACAAAAUCACGAAACCUUGUUGGGAGAGGCUCUUCACCUUUUGCAGUCAGACUCAAAGCAUUCCAGAAAAGAGUGGGGUAGCAAACGUGCUGCCCUCUUCUGAGCUUCAACUAUGUGAGCUUUCCUCUGAUCCGCUGACCGGCGCGGACCACCUAGAUAUACAAUUCCUGUCAGUGGAAAUGCUCGACCUUAGCCUGAAGUUUUUCUUCCGGCACGUCCAGCUGUCUUUGCCCUUCGUGCAUCAGCCCACUUUUGAUGUCUCGGAUACACCAUGUCUGCUCCUGUUGCCAAUGAUAUUAAUCGGUUAUUCGAUUCUCGAUCCACAUGGCUCAGUGGUUUUUGUUUCACGUUUCCGUGCGCGCCUCAUUGAGCUUUGUCGAGUGGAUCUAGCUUGCAAGGCUCGUGGGAAAUCCGGCUCGCCAUCGGCAUUGAUCCGCUCGCUAGCAUCUUCAAUUCUAGUUUUGUACCUCAACUUAGAAGACCAAAACCGCGAAGAGGAGGCCGCCCUCAUGCUAUGUGCCCAGACGUUACACAUUGCCGAAAAGCAUGGGUUAUACGAGACAUUUGAAAGCCAGAACCUUAUCGACGGUCUGCUUGCCAAAUAUUCUGAUGGAGAGAGUGGUUGGAAGCUGUGGGCAAGGGUCGAGUCUGUCAAAAGGCUGAUAUUAUCCUUGAUGCGCAUGGACGCAGCUUAUGCCCGCUUAAUGGGCACUACUGGAGUCAUCGACCCUAACCAAGUCAAUAUCGUCGUUCCAGCCAUCAGUGAUCUCUUCGACUCACCCAGUGCGGAUAAAUUCGUCAAGGAUGCGAAGACGACAGAUGUGACUAUGUCUGUUAUUCGCAUGCGAUAUCUUGCGAAAUGCGCACUUGGGAGCGAUAUGAUGAACAAAUUCCUCCUAAGGGUUAUUUUGGACAAUAUUCACACACAGAUCUCCAAUGCCCAAGUCAAGAUCUUCUCGGCUGCGGAUCAUACCGUGUUACAAUCUUCCGCUUUUGCACCAGUUAACCUUUACAACCAGUCUGCGGAAGCCAAGAACAUCAGCAGACAACUUGUUGCUAUAUCGAAGGAUUACGCAGAGCUGUUUCGACCCUCUACUGGUCAACUUUCCUCAUUGACAUGGAAUUAUCUGUGCAUGGUCAUUACCGCCCCUGUCGAACAGCUAGAGCUAGCACUCGGUCGCCGCGGCCACCAAAGUGCGCUCAAAGCCCGUGGUGCUAUCAAAGUGUGGUCCAAAACACCGGCUGCCCGUCGAGCCGUUUUACACGCGGCCCAAAUAUUCUACAUUCUCACCAAUGGCGCCCAUUUACCGUUGCCUUUGGUGGAAAAGACGUUGCUCCGAGUCGAAUCCAUGGUAUUCACAGCAGCAUUGGUAGUCGGUCUGUAUUUUUUUACGGAAGGAACACCAACGCCUCCAUCCACAGCGGCUGAUAAGAGCAUUCCAACCAAUAAGUUGGAACUCCUGCAGGAGAUUGACUGGGCUAUGAUCGAUGAUGAGGGCUUCACGGGGUGGCAGUUUGAUUGGACGAUGGCUCUGGAGAGUGCAGAACGAACCCCUUCCAGUCAAUGUACGGCGGUCCAAGCCCGGCAGUUUAUUCGUAACGGCUUGUUUUUGCUUACGUUUGAUUGCGAUUCUCAAAUUCAAGGCGCCAAAACGGCCAGAAGAAUUUUUCAGGAAUACGCCUAUCUUCUCGACCAGCUCAGCGGGCAUAAUGGGUCUGACAGCAGCAUUGCAAACCUGGCGAGGUCAAUUAGUAAUGUUCUGGAGCCCUGAAAAAUAAAUG